GUAUAUUUUGUUGUUAUUAUAUUUAUCGAAAUUUUGUUAAGGAUGGAUCAUGAUUAUUCAAGACCCCCAAAUCAUGGUAAAAAUAUUAUGAGUACCACUACCAGCAUUGACGAGGGUUGGUCGGAAUAUGAUGAAGAGGACGAGGAUGAAUUAGAUACAUCCGAUGAAGAUUACAGAGGCGACGAUAGAAACGACGAUCCGCCCGACGAAACUAAUGAGGAAGACACUUUGCACCCAGAUGUUUCAAAGAAUCUACUUGACUGGCAUGAGGGUCGUCGAGUGGUUGAACUUGGUGUGCUAGCAGCACAGCUACAGAAAGGAUGCAAAAAAUGUGGGACUGUAUUACAUCUGUGUGAUUGUUUUCAAGAGAGGCAUUAUGGCCUUGGAAGUAUUUUGUACAUAAAGUGUACUAUAUGCAGUUUUAUUUCAAACAUCCCCACUGGAAAGUGGCAUGAAAAAAACAUUUGGGAUGUAUUACCAGCAGUGGAAUAG